AUGCUAAAUCGAAUUCAGCUACGAACGCGGAAGAUGCUUCGUGGACACCUAGCCAAAAUUUACGCCAUGCACUGGUGUUCGGAUUCACGGAAUCUCGUCUCAGCAUCACAGGAUGGAAAGCUGAUUGUAUGGGAUGGUUAUACCACAAACAAGGUUUGGCCCCCACCCAACUUAUCGUACAGUCCGAAGUAUUGCAAUCCAUCUUCACUUCCACAACAAUGUGAGCACCAACAUGUAAACAUCCGAAUAGACGAGCAACUAAGACGUCCACAGCUAAUGCGACCAACUCUCUCAGAUAACGGUGAUGAUCGAGCGAUGAACGGCAAGGUUUACUAUGACUUCCUGUCAAGGAACGCGUCCUUCAAGCUACGUCUAGGUGGCGUACACCGCCAAAAUGCCACCACUCCUGCUUUUGUCCUCUAA